AUGACGUCCCACUACGGCACGCCCGAGACCAAGAAGUCCCCCCAGCACCUUGAAGCUACUAAAGACAUCACGGCGGCCGAGGAGCACUACCACAUCACCAAUACCCACUGCGCUAUCGAUUGCACCGCAUCCGUAUCCCACCUAUCUCAACUAUCCCAAAACAACCGAGUGACCCCAGAGAACUACUGGUACUGUCACAAUCCGCACGGCCUGUCGCCCCAUUAUGCCGGCCCUUGGUUCGAUUUCCGCAACGAUGAAUCGUUCGUCCGGUGGAUAGAGAGAGAAACAUGUUCUUCUCUUUCGCAAGCCACUUCCUCCACUUCUCCUUCAACAACCUCCUCAGACCACAAGCCCGAAGGCAGCAAUAACUACCAAUGCGGAGGGGGGAGCGGGAGUCCGUUGGCCUGGGGCCUGUACAUACACAACGGGUUCCGGAUCGUGUAUGCACACAUCGGUGUGCUUCUGAAGAAAUCCCUGGCCCAGAACCAGAGCCAGAACCCGAACCUGGCAGGUCGUGUGGGGGCAUCCCGUAACCGCAGUUGGGAUUCGGAGACUACUCGGGGCAUGAUAAAAUUCCUCACGAUCGACAUCCUCUCCCACCCGGCCGCGACGCCAUCCUCAGCGGUGGCCGCGGUGCCCCAGCGGUCUGAGCGGUCUGAGCGACGGUCUUCCGAGCAGUCCGAGCAGCAGGGAGCAUGGAUCUGCCAUAAUCCCGACGGCAUGGUCAACCACUCCGCCGGGCCGUGGUACUUCGACCGCCAGCCGUCGUGCCCCGAGUGCAACCACCAGCCGUGCAAGGUCUGCAAGUUACCGUCCGGCUACCAUGAUCGAUUCAACGACAGCAUGACCGAGAACGAUAUUUUUUCUAUGAUUUAUGAUUGGUGA